CCACGUGACUCGGCUGCCAAGUUCGCUCGCGAGUUUGACAGGAGUUUGAAUCGGACUCGGGGGCUUCCUGCUGCCGGCCGGGCACCGCGGCGGCCGCGGCCUCGGCGAGCGCGAGCUGCAGCAGCGCCCCGACACCGCACAGCCAGCCCGGGUCCCGGCGCGCCGACGGCCGCUCGCGCUCCGGCACCGCUCGCCUCCCCCGCCGCGAGCCGGCAGCCCCCCGCUCGCCCGCGGCUUCUGCCGCCUCCGGGCCAGCGAGCCGAGCCCCGGCGCCGCGCCCCAGCCCCGCCGCGCCAGCAUGUCCUCGACCGAGAGCCCCAGCCAAACCGCCGACAAGUCGCCGCGUCAGCAGGUGGACCGCCUGCUCGUGGGGCUGCGCUGGCGGCGGCUGGAGGAGCCGCUGGGCUUCAUCAAAGUUCUCCAGUGGCUCUUUGCUAUUUUCGCCUUCGGGUCCUGCGGCUCCUACAGCGGGGAGACAGGAGCCCUGGUUCGCUGCAACAACGAAGCCAAGGAUGUGAGCUCCAUCAUUGUUUCGUUCGGCUAUCCCUUCAGGUUGCACCGGAUCCAGUAUGAGAUGCCCCUGUGUGAUGAUGACUCCACCUCCAAGACCAUGCAUCUCAUGGGGGACUUCUCUGCCCCUGCUGAGUUCUUUGUGACCCUUGGCAUCUUUUCCUUCUUCUAUACCAUGGCUGCCCUGGUCCUCUACCUGCGCUUCCACAACCUCUACACGGAGAACAAGCGCUUCCCACUGGUGGACUUCUGUGUGACUGUCUCCUUCACAUUCUUCUGGCUGGUAGCUGCAGCUGCCUGGGGCAAGGGCCUGACUGAUGUCAAGGGGGCCACACGGCCAUCCAGCCUGACGGCAGCAAUGUCCGUGUGCCACGGAGAGGAUGCAGUGUGCAGUGCUGGGGCCACGCCCUCCAUGGGACUGGCCAACAUCUCCGUGCUCUUCGGCUUUAUCAACUUCUUCCUGUGGGCUGGGAACUGUUGGUUUGUGUUCAAGGAGACCCCAUGGCAUGGACAGGGCCAGGACCAGGGCCAGGGGCCCAGCCAGGAGAGCGCAGCUGAGCAGGGAGCAGUGGAAAAGCAGUAAGCAGCCCCCACCUGGCUACUCCCGAACUGGACAGCACCUCUUCAACCACCUCCGGCUUCCAGGACCUCCCUCUUCCUCCUUGUCCAAUUCCCCUCCCCCGUCAUUCUGGGCUUUGAGCUUUGAGACACUGAUGGGCAGGCGUCAGCUGUUGGAAACCUGGGCAGCCCUCCCAGUGGCUUCCUAUCCCUCUUUUUGCUGGAGUCAUGGAUAGCAGGAACUCAGUGCUUCUUGUCCACUGCCUGGACCCAGGCAUCUGACUUGGGGUCUCACUUGUGCCCUAACAGCCUUUGAGAACCAGCCUGCACUGCAGGUGAGGGUUGGGAGCAGGAAACUGGAGAUCUGAGCCUGGUUCCUAGCAGCUACCUUUAUAUCAACCUGUCCAGCUUCAAUAAUAGUGGGGGGAAGGGAAAUCAAUGGGUAGCCUUCCCCCUGGUCCCUUGUGUGGAAGUCCCAGCAGUGGCUUGGUGACCCUUCCCCAGUGGCUGUCAUCUAGUCCCUGUGUUUGAGCUCCAGUCAGCCCAGGGCUCAGUGUGCUUCCCACUAUCUUUUCUGGCCUCUGCUUGCCCACAGGGUCCAUCAUAUGUUAAUGACGGUGCCAAACUGGCCUAAACAGUUCUUUAGAGGGUCCUGAUGAGGCUUGGAGUCAUCCAGGAGCAGAUAAAUUGCAACUUAGUUGCAACUUCAAGAAACCAAAGCCUGCAAACUUGCAGCAGAAUCAGUUUCUUGUAUCCCUUCAGUCCUCCUACCCCCAAGGCUGGGGUACUUCCCACCAACACUCUAAACUCUACUUAUGCUAGAAACCUCCUACUUUCCUCCCUGUCCUUGGGCUUGGUCUCACACUUGGGACACAAGAUGUGAGGUCUAGGACCCACUCACCUACCCCCAACCUCUCUGUCCAUCUCCCUUCCCCAGCCUUGUGCGUCUGAGGCAUUCAAGAUCUUUUUUGCAGUCUGUCCAGGCCUUCAUUUUAUUCCUGUGGGCCAGAUAGGGGCUUUUAAAGGGCCCAAAGAACCUUCAUGAGGCUAAGCUGCCCCAGAGCCCCAGGACAUAGGUGGGGCCCAUUUCUUCCUUACUCCCUGCUCAAUUUUCUUUUCCUGCUCCCUCUCUAAUCCUUCUUUCAUAUUUGCCCUUCUCGUCUUUACAAAAGGAUGUGCCCCCUCUCUCUUUGCCCUACCAUUCCUUAGAGUCCUCAUUUCUCCCUCUAUCCGCCCCACCCUAGUCCAGGGCUGGCCGAUGCUAUUGGUGCUUCUUCACUUUGGGACCCAGUUCCAUAUUUGUCUUUGGUGUGUCUCCUCUUCCUGAUACCUCCUUCAGUCCCUCUCUGGACCCCAAGGCCUAAGAGCCAGUGCUCCCUGGGUAAGGACCAUUCACCUCCUACCCAGCUUGAAACACCUCAAUUAGCCCUGGCCAUGGGGCUGCCUAGGGAAGGAUGAAGAGGUACGAAUCCAGCCAUUUUCCAAUUUAGUGCCAACUGGUCCGCUUAGCAUCCCAGUGGUGACUGUGCCCUGUGCCAGUCUUUCCUCAGGACUGAGUCAACCCCUUCAACCUCCUCACCUCCCUGAACACCACCCAUAGUAUAAUAACAUGUGCAUUCCUGGGGUACCCAGGGGUCAGAACCUUUGACUCCAGGCUAAUCAUUUCCUCUUUGGGUCAGUUUCCCCACUUGACAGAGGAAGUAUGAGAUUUAUAUCCCCAAAUGCUCCAGAGUCCUUCAGUGAAAGAAUUAAGUUUUUCAUUUUGUUUUUUAGAUUUUGGGGAAGGGAUUUGAGGUGAGAAGAAAGAAGAUGGGGUGAGAGUAUUUCUAAGUCUGAAACUCUCUCUCUCUCUGUCCUGAGCUGUCCCCGUGAUUACUCAAGGACAAGGGGGGGACAGUAUUGCCUAUGGCUUCAGAGACACAGAGAACAAAGGGGUGACCUUUAUUUGUCUUCAGGCCAGCCCCUGUUGGGGUCUGUGAGCAGCUUCUACUGGAACUUUGUUUGGAUUCUAUGUCUAUAUUUAUAAUUUAUUUGAAAUGUGCUAAAUAAAUUGUUCUCAUUUGGAGGCUGAAGUUAGCAACUGGCCCCGAAGCUAGGGAAAGGGGUGUAUAUACACUCUUGCCAAGGACUCCCAGCCCAGAACUUUCCCUACAGCAGAGAAGUCUCUUUCUCCUUCUCCUCAAGAGGCUGUUUUAUUCUUGGCCAGAAGAGCCUUGAUGUAGGCUAUGGCCUCUCUCUCCAUGGCCACCCUAAGAAGAAAGGCCACUUCACCUUAUUACCUCUAGAGGGCUGGGCUGGGCCAAGUGCAGAGGGCUGGGCUGUCCUCAUGGGACUCAUGUCUCCUUCAACCAGGGCUGGCAUCACCGUUUUGCCUAGUGGGGCCUGAGGUAGAAGAAGGUGUCUGGUUUCCUAGCUACUGCAGGAGGCCAACAGCAGGGCACUUGCCCUUUGCCUCCGUAGACCUGCCAGGGUGCCCACCUAGGACCUUUCCUGGACACGAGUUCCCUCUAAUAUCAUGGUCAUGAGUCUCCUAUUUCUGGGAUUGCAGAUCAGGGGUGGGGGGAGAAUGUUGCAUGUUGUUUUCUGGUGCUUGUUAUUACACAUUUGAAUAAACAGUGCUGUGAGUAUUUGCCAUGAAAGA